CUUCCUUUGAAGUGUUCUCGAGCCUCCCUAGCAGCUCGCCCGGCCGCUCGGCAAGCAGUGCAAGCUUCGAUCCCAGCGGUCCGUCAAAACUCUCCUUGCCACCCAUCAAGGGGAAGAACUUAUUCACGGCCAAGAGCAGGAAGGCGGCGAGAGAGACGUACUUGAAGCAGCUCAAGGAGGCGUCGGGUGCGUCACUGCCACUACCGGAAGUGACAGAGCCGAGACCGAGGAUCACGCUGAAGAAGCCGUUCGAUGGCUGGGAUCUGGACACGCCCGUGAAACUGCCCUUGAAUGCUCGACUCCCGACAUUGGUUGACAAGAUCCCGAGACUGAUAAGUGUAGGUCCAUAGUAGAACCUGAUAAAUGUAGGUCAAUAGUAGAACCUGAUAAAGGCAGGUCAAUAGUAGAACCUGAUAAAUGUAGGUCAAUAGUAGAGCCUGAUAAAGGCAGGUCAAUAGUAGAACCUAAUAAAUGUAGGUCAAUAGUAGAGCCUAACAAAUGUAGGUCAAUAGUAGAACUUGAUCUGAUUUUUAAACAUUGUUUGCCCUUUAAAAAAAAAAUCAAUGAGACUGGUACGGGGAUGGGGGCGGGGGGGGGGCAUUUCAGGAGCUUUUGUGCAGGAGGGUCAGAUGUGUCUAUAAAUAACAACUUUAUAAACCAAUUUAACGGAGAAUGUUUUCCAGAAGAUUCGUCGAUUUUUUAAAAUAGGGGAAUGUGUGUGUUUGUAUGCGCCUAGUAUCAUACGCUAGCUUUGUUCUCCCGCUGGCCAAUGGUGCAGCUUUCCAGCUAUGUGGUGCUUGAAUAGAAUUGCAACUCCCUCCCCCCCCCCCCAAUAGGGGCGUCAUGUCAGGUUUUUUACUGGAAGGGGGUGGGGGUGGGGGAGCAAAACCAAAACUUGGUCGGCUUGUUAAGUUGUUUAUUACUGGAGACGCCAAAGUACGCAGCAACUUUAAAAAAACCUGCAUAUUUAGGGGGGGUGGGGUGCAAAAGCCCCCACCCUGUCCUACCCAAAUGACGUCCCUGCCUCCCCCCCCCGCCCCCACAUAGGGGUCAGAUCGUUUCAUUUUGAAUCCAUGUGUCUCCCCCACCGCCCACCCCAACGGGUCGUGGAUAUGAUUGACAGCACGCCACCUAUUGAGACAAGCGUCUCUUCUCCUUCAGUUGGCGACUCAAGAUGAAAAGAAAUACAGCGACCCGUUCUCCGACUUUGACAGCUACCAACUGCCCACGGGGUCUCCUCGCACUCUGAC